AGAAAGUAUAAAUAAGUUACAAUAUUAUAUUUGUUAUAACAUUUUUUUUUUUACAUUUUAUGCGAAUGUAAGUUUGAAAAUGAAUGUUGUUGAAUGGAUGGAUAAAGCUUUAGAGAAGGCAGAGGAAUCAUUAAAGAAGGGUGAAGUUCCUGUUGGUUGUUUAUUUAUAUAUGAAAAUAAAAUUAUUGCGACUGGCAGUAAUACUGUGAAUGAGACUCGAAAUGCCACUCGACAUGCCGAACUAAAUUGUAUCGAUGAUAUACUAGUCUACUGCCAGGAAAACAAUUAUAAUUAUAAGGAAGUUUUUAAAAACAUCGACGUUGUAGUGACUGUAGAACCAUGCAUAAUGUGUGCUGCAGCGCUUCAUCAGCUGCAAAUUCGUAGUAUAAUAUAUGGCUGUGCCAAUGAUAGAUUUGGAGGUUGUAAGAGCGUUUUUGAGGUAUCUAAAGUUUACGAAACUAAAAUAAAUGUAGUAGGUAAUGUUAAAGGAAACGAAGCAAUGCAAUUACUUAAAGACUUUUAUAAGGGUACGAAUCCGAAUGCACCAGAAGCAAAGAAAGGGCGCAAGAAGAAAGUGGACAAUAACGAAUAAUAAUUUGUUAAAAAAAGCAUAAGUUGAGGUGAAAAUUGAUUUUACUAUUUAACUAUAGUAAGAAUAUACAUGAGUUGUGAUUAAAUGAUAAGAAAUGCUUCAAGUUAUAUUUGCAUUUAAAUUUGCGCUCAUUAUCAAUAGGGGCAAUAUUGUAAUUCAUAUAAAAUGUGAUUACUUAUAAUUUUUUGUAUAUGCUACUUUAACAAAUUACAAUUCAAGAAUGAUACUGUUAAAAGAGUCCAAGAUAUUUCUUCUUAAUAAAUUGUUACUCCCAUCAAUAUCUUUAUUAUAUAAAUGUAA